GAAACACAGAUGCCCGGGUGUCUGGAGCGCUGUUUCGGCUGGAUGUUAUUGAUCCACGCCAGUGAAUGAACGGAGAAGCGCGUUACACUUUUUGGUAUUGGGAUAUAAAAGCGAAUCGAUAGAAUAUAUCAGUUUACACCGUUUACUCCAGUUAAAACAGGACGCGUCUGUACAAGCAGCAUAUACAAGCCUCAUUAUAAAGAAUAUUUCUGUCUGGAGCGCGUUCGCAUCACUACAUUACUGUUUCUUGAAUUUAUCUGCAGAUAUGGACGAGGAUAAUCAAGUACCUGAAGACCUGUCCAUAGAGGAGAGAGAUGAACUGACAAACAUUCGACGCAGGAAAAAAGAACUACUUGAUGAUAUUGAGCGGCUGAAGUUUGAGAUCGCUGAAGUGAUGACAGAAAUCGAGCAGCUCACGUGUGUUGGUGAGAGCAAAACAACACAAAGAAACAAACAAAUCGCCAUGGGACGAAAAAAAUUCAACAUGGACCCCAAAAAAGGGAUCCAGUUUCUGCUUGAGAAUGACCUCCUGCAGCAGACCCCUGAAGACAUCGCUCAGUUCCUCUAUAAAGGAGAGGGCUUGAACAAAACCGUUAUUGGGGAUUACUUAGGGGAACGGGAUGAUUUCAACAUCAAAGUGCUCCAGGCUUUUGUAGAGCUCCAUGAAUUUGCUGACCUCAACCUCGUUCAGGCGUUACGACAGUUUCUCUGGAGUUUCAGGCUUCCUGGUGAAGCGCAGAAGAUCGACAGAAUGAUGGAGGCGUUUGCGUCACGGUACUGCCAGUGCAACCCUGGAGUCUUUCAGUCCACAGACACAUGUUAUGUCCUGUCCUUCGCCAUCAUCAUGUUGAACACCAGUCUUCACAACCCAAACGUCAGAGACAAACCUGCUGUCGAGCGAUUCAUCUCUAUGAACAGAGGCAUUAAUGAUGGAGGAGACCUGCCAGAAGACUUGCUCAGGAACCUGUAUGAGAGCAUCAAGAGUGAACCUUUCAAAAUCCCUGAAGAUGAUGGCAAUGACCUGACGCACACUUUCUUCAACCCUGACAGAGAGGGCUGGCUGCUUAAGUUAGGUGGACGGGUGAAAACUUGGAAGAGGAGGUGGUUUAUUUUGACAGACAACUGCUUGUACUAUUUUGAGUACACAACAGACAAGGAACCUCGUGGAAUAAUCCCUCUGGAGAAUCUCAGCAUUAGAGAGGUGGAGGAACCCCGUAAACCUAACUGCUUUGAGCUGUACAACCCCAACCAUAAAGGACAGGUAAUAAAGGCAUGUAAGACCGAGGCAGAUGGACGGGUGGUGGAGGGGAACCAUGUGGUCUACAGGAUAUCAGCACCAACACCAGAGGAGAAGGAGGAGUGGAUCAAAUCCAUAAAAGCGAGUAUCAGCAGAGACCCCUUCUACGACAUGCUGGCCACCAGGAAGAGACGUAUCGCCAACAAGAAGUGAAAUCUGCGUCCAAACCCCAUACACACAAAUACACUGCCUUCUGGGACAGCCUUUGUGUGUUGCUGACGUUUUAAAGGAGCAAUCUAAAGAAUUCAAUGUUUAUAGUUCCUUUCUUGUGUUUCUAUUCGUAUAAAAACAGCUGUCUGAACUGUUUGAAAAUGCAUGGAUGUCGGUUUGUAUACCAGGGUGGCUCACUUGAGGGUCCAAAUGAAGUUGUUUAAAGGCCAAAACGUACUCUAUGCAAGAAUGUGAAUGCAGACUCUUAUAGCUACUCGAGUUUGAUUUUGUGCAUAGCUGCGUUACAAAAUGUGUCAUGUUUGGCCAUUGCAGUAAACACUGGUGAACAACAGAAGACAACAGUGGAUGUGCACGUCAAGAGCACAUGAGUGAGGAGGUUAGAUGACACCUGCAUUUGUAUAACUAGUCUGAAAGACCAUAAAGACAUCUUUAUGGGUCAAAACUCCUGAAGAGUUAUGGUCCAAUAUCUCAUAGCAGUCGUAGUGCACGUGUCAAUCGGCUGUGUACGUGUGCACGGUCAAAUGGUAAGGCUAGAGCAUUUGACUAUACAUGUAAGCAUGCUCAUCCAGACAUGCGUCGGCAAUGCGUCUGUGUGCAUGUACUUACAUAAAGUAUGUUCUGGCCUAGAGGAAUAGUUCACCAAAAAUGACAUUUUUGUCAUUAUUUACAAACAAAAGUAUACAUUUUAAAAGAAUCAUUAUGCACCUUUUGCCACACAAAAAAAGCCACUUUUUAAUUGAUGAACAUGGGCUAAAUGUGAACUUUGGGGAAGGGAAAUGUUAUUUGUGAAUAAUAACUUAAUAUUGACAUCAUAUGAUUAAAGGAAUAAAGACUUGGAAUAUAGUGCAUGAGUAAUAUGGAAUACUUCUGUGAUACUUUGUUUUUUUGUGCUUUUUGAAGCUUGACAGCCCUGGUCCAUAUGAGCUAUCAUUAAAUGGAAAACAAGCUGUGAAAAGAUUCUUAUGAGGGUGCGUAAUGAAGUAAUUGUCAUUUUUGGCUGGACUAUUCCUUUAACACCCUGUCUACACUGGACACAUCCAUUAAUGCGACGGCUUGUUACACUUGAAGCGUCGAAGUAAACUUUGAAAAUGACAUGCAGAAUGCUUGAGUAGACUUCAGCAACGGUUAAAUGGGUUCAAGCCCCGCCCACAUCUGGUUAUAUCCAAUUACAGAUCCAGAUAAUUUUUUGCCAUUGCAACAGAUAAUGGCUUCGCUGCAGAGACACGUGGAUAGAAACCAAAGUUGAUUAAAUUUGUACGAUCAGCAAUUACUUUACUGUAAUUUUUCCUGUACACUGUAAAGAAAAUGCGAUUGCUAAUGCAGCGCACAUAAGCCCUUUUCACACAUAGGCUACAGCCUUUUCCAGAAAAUGUACUGUCAUUUUCAUGUUUGAGGUCAUGUGUGAACACGACCUUUUUGAAAAUACUGGUAAAUUUGUUCUGGCAAUUUCCCUUAAUGAGAAGUUAUAUCAUAAGUACCUAUAAAUGUCCAUUUUGAUGGGAUGUGUGAACAGUAUGGUACAUUUACCAGUAAAGGCAACCCAACGAUUUUCCUGUAAUUUACCUGGUUGCUUGUGUGAACGGAACUAUACGAUGUGCACUGUUGCUAUUUCCAUCUUCCUAAUAUAUUAGCAAUUUCUUUAUGUAACAACAAAUGACUUAAAGUAAUCGAAAUAUGUAAUUAAUACCAUUCAAAAAGGCAAAAAGAUUCACACGGACGGGAUAAUAAAGUGGCACAAGCAGCUCUGCAGCGCGUCAACGACGAACGCUUCCGGUGUAGACAGCAUAGUGGGAGCCAUUGGCUUUGGACGCGACGCGACCCUCGCGUCUGGUGUAGACAGUGCAGCAGCAUCACUUCACAGAUGUCAGUUAGAAAAGCCACCAAUUCCGAAUGAGACGUGAUCUAUUUACAA